UCUGUCGUGUCGUGUGUGUGUCACCUCGAAUUCUCGAUCAUUUCGAAAUCAUGUGAAAAAGUGCAAUUUAAACUGAAUUCGAAGUUUCUUUUCCAAUUAGUUUUGUAGGAAAUUGAUUUUUCACGUGGAAAUCGAGUUGCAGAGUGUACCCUGGUGAGGCGACACGUCCAAAUGUUUAUCACCUUGAAAAUAGUAAGUUUUCGUUGGACGAGAAAGACUUCGUUGUUGCCAGCGUCGUAAGCGUGCAAUUGAGGACGGUCGGGAUUAGAGCGCGGCACGGGCGGAUCAGGCGAUCAUUUGUCUAGAAAUAUUAGGUGGCAGCGGGCUUGGAUAGAGCGCGCGGAGCGAGGCACAGUGGAUUGGGGUCGCCUUGAAAACACAAAGAGUGUGAGGUGUCGACUCGCUGACGGGUAUCAGUCACGCGCUCUGCCUUUGUCGGACGACCGAGGGCUGUUGAAGGUCUUUCGCACCUGCCCCCGGCCGGAAGUGUACACAAGCGGUCCAUACGGAGCGCCCGACUUCCCAAUCCGGAUCGAGCCGACAGCGUAAGCAAUGCUUAACGUUCUGCGGUUCACGGGUGUCUUCAAAAAGCUCCAACUGAACGACCUGACCAAGUUCCUGAUCGGUCGCCUGGUGACCGCGGAGAGGACAACACUCGAGAACGCUGCCCAGGCGAAGAGGCAGCCCCAGCAGCAGCUUCAGCAGCAGCGCAACCAGAACCGGGACUCGCACAGCCUGCAGUCGGAGCAACCGUUCGAACCCCCGCCGCGACAGUGCGCGUCAUCGUCGCGGAAUCACCACAUCGCCAGCAAACCUGCGUCGGCGGCCUUAGCUGGUGGCGGUGGAUUAGCGUUUGGCAAUUGUUCAACGCUCAGCGACCUGGGGACUAUCAGUGCCAGCGCCAGCGUUCAGCAGCAACAACAAACGGUUGCGCGCGAGCUCGAGGAAAACAUCGAAGUUAGUGACUGUGAUCAAGUGAUAGAGGACAUGUCGACCAAGGGAACACAACACCAAGCGCAGGCCGAAGCCAUCAAGGCGGCGGCCGCGGCUGCAGCAGCCUCAGCAUCCUCGUCCAGCAACGAGUCCUGUCCCGGAGCCUCCAGUCCUGCAGACAUCAUCAAGUUCUUGGAGCUUGUGGGGAGUCUAAAGCACAUUAAACGAACUGGUUGGGUGAUGCGCAACGUAAAAGACUGUGAAUCAAUUUCGGGCCAUAUGUAUCGUAUGGGUAUGAUGACGUAUUUACUGGACGGUAAAGACGGUUUAGAUCGGACAAAGUGCUUAGAAUUAGCGAUGGUGCAUGAUUUAGCGGAAUGUAUUGUUGGUGACAUCACACCAUUCUGUGGUAUUUCACGGGAGGAGAAGAAAAUGCGCGAACUUCAAGCCAUGGAGGAUAUAUGUAAACUUAUUCAACCGUACGGAGUGAAAGUCUUGGAGCUAUUUCAAGAAUACGAGGAUGCGAAAACUCCCGAAUCGAAAUUCGUUAAGGACUUGGAUCGGUUGGAUAUGGUCCUCCAGGCAUUUGAGUAUGAAAAACGUGAUAAUUGUGUGAUGAAGCAUCAAGAGUUCUUUGACUCGACGGAUGGUAAGUUCGAGCAUCCAUUUGUUCGGCAACUGGUCGACGAGAUCAAUACACAGAGGCAAGCACUGUCCGCACAAAAAGAAGCUAAUCGAAUUUGCAACGGAAACACGAAUGGUUUCACAAAUGGACAUCAUGUCGACGCUGAUAUGAUCACGGAGAAUGGUGAACGGAAUGGUCACGUUGAGGUUGUUUCAGGUGCAAAGAAAGCCUCCACGAGUUGAUAAUGACGCCUUCUUUGUUAGCGAAGAAUAAGAUUUUCCCCGAAAGUGGAGAGACGCAAUAGAUAACUCUCAUCAUUCAUUUCAAAAAAACAGUUUUUUUUUUAAAGUCAUCUUUUAUGAGUGACUAUGCUGAUAUCUGCGCAAUCUAAUGCUCUUUUGUUUUAUCUCAGAAAUAUCAUUUAACACGUAGAUAAUUAAAGACAAACUAAGAUAGUUUUACAUAAUAACAUAAAGUUGAUGUGAGGAUUCUGGAUCCUCCAGCCGGAGCGCUACCCAGUUCAUCAAAUAGUGAUGGACGCUGUCUGUAUUUCAUACCAACCCCACAAACUCGCAUACACUUUAUUUGGAUGCCAACACGCCCAAUAUUUCAAAUGAUAUUUCAACGCAUAAAAUACUUAUAAUUUUUAUUUAAACUAAAUCUAGCCUAAAAGAGAUCACGACUUACUAAUUUGAUUAGUGAAAUUUAACUAUUUAACUAAUUUGGUCGUUAUACGGGUAUAUGAGAAGUAGAUGUGUUUUUGUAGGUUUUAUUUCUCUUAAAUUUAUUUAUUGUCUAUGAGAGGAAUAUUGUGAAUGUACAAGGUACUGUGUAAUGUUUGUUUAGUUUAAUUUCAGACCUUUCAAGUCGUAGCUGCAUGUCCCCAGCCCCAAGUGUCACGGUGCUUGUCAGCCUUUAGGGGACAUGUUGUUAUUGAAAUGGUUGGAUAUUUUGUUGUUCAGAUAGAUAGCUCGAAACAAAUUCUAGAGAAGCGAGAUCUAAAGACAUAUAGUGAAUGUUAUCUUAUUUGUAUAAUAUAUUGCAGGAAAGUAACCGAAAGUAAUUUGAGAUUUAUUUAAGAUGAAAUAUUUUUUGUUUUUAUAGUACGUCUAUAUGCAAGUGGAACAAGAAUGGAAAUACAAAACAAGAAAUAGAAAUACG